AUGUCAAAUUCUGACGAAGUGAACCCCCUGCUCGCCUCGCUUUCCCAUUUCGUGGAUCAUCCGGAUCAACUGGCAGAGCACACGAUGAGUUCCGUCGAAUGGGAGGCCGUCGAAGUGUUGAUGCCACGCAUGCUGAGAGGCAAAUCUAAAGAAGACGUGAAGCAGUUGUUGCUGGCCGAAAUUGACGGAAUGUCAAAGAAACGACUGCUGGCCGUGCUGACCGGAGAGAAUCUGGAAGAGUCGUCGAGUUCGGAAGAAGAGGAGGAGGAGGAGGAAGAAAAGAAAAUGGAAGAAGAAGCUGAGGAAACUGAAGCAGAACGAUCUGGAACGGAAGAAGUGGAGGAUGGGCCCGAGAGGGUUCCGGAAGAAUUGGAGGACGGCGAGCUCGAUGGAGAAAAGUCGAUGACACCGCCGGAUCCGAAGCCGAUGGAAAAGAGGAAGACGAAGAAGAACUAG